ACCGCACGCCGCGGCUUCUUGCUGUUUUUAAUAUCCUUUUGCAGCCAAAGAAGCUGGGAUUCGGGACCUGAUGCUGCCUGUGAAUGUUGCUCGCUCGCUGAGCGCACAAUGGCCUUGUCGAGACACACAGGCACGGCAGCUUAGCAGCCUGCUUCAUCCGAAUACCCCUAGUCUGCCCACGUUAGUUGUGCACGGUGUGUCUGCCACUUGCAAAACUACAAUCCUUCGCGGUGUCCUGUCUACACUCGAAGUACGACACGCCUUCGUCCGCAGCUCGGAAUGUAUCACGGCACGGCAUCUUCUGACCAAAAUUCUCUGGAAUACCCUUGAGGCUCUGGGUCAGAAAGAUGAAUGGGAGAAGUACGGAAAAGGUCGGUGCGAGCAUGUCAGUACUCUUGCAGUGCUGCUGGAGGAGUGUCUCGCGGCCAGGGCGGAGGAACAGCGUGGAAAGUUUGUGCUGGUGCUGGAUGAGAUUGAUCGCCAGCGGGAGGCACCACCGACGUUACUCUCUGCUCUAGCGCGACUUGGAGAGAUUAUUCCAUCUCUCUGUGUUGUUCUCGUGCUGAGCUCGACUCCUCGACCGCUCUUCUUGCAGAAUGCGGCUGUUCCCCAUGUCAGCUUUCCUCCGUACACACGGAAAGAGGCCAUCGAUAUUCUACUAGCCUCCCCGAUGCCCUUGGUGGAAAAUCUGCCUGACGAGACUUCCUCGCGGGUGUAUCCACAUUUCGUGGCAACAAUUUAUGACACUCUGGUCGGUCCGACAGCAGGAUCAAUUCCAACUUUCCGGUCUAUAUGCCACCAGCUGUGGCCACUCUUCGUUGCACCAGUGGUUCAAGGCGAAACCCCUCCCGGGAAUACGGAAUGGGACUUUACACGCCUGCUGGUGAAGAACAGAGCCCUUUUCCGGCACCAAGGCGAAUCUGCACUGAUCCACCGAAUUGUGCCCGAGGAGACUUCAGCUCCGAGCAAGACAUUACGCAAGCCAUUGGCAACCACAGCGGCACCCUCCGCCUUACCUCAUCUCCCUUAUUUCUCGACGUUGAUUCUUACAUCGGCAUACCUGGCAUCUCACACCCCGCAACGACUGGACACCAUCUUCUUUUCCAAGUUCUCGUCGAGUUCACUCUCUGCACGUAACAAGCGUGCUCAUCAUCGUCGCCGACUGAAGGUCCUAUCACAGGCACAGGCAGAAGACAGGGCUGCUGCCAAAGACGACCCCUCUACCCCUCGAAAGGGCAAGCGGACCAAAACCCGUAUCACCAAAUCCACACUCUCCUCCGCAUUUGCAACAUCCUCGGCAACGACAUCCGCCGUCAGCGCAGCUGCGGGCAUCACAGGCCCAUCGACCAUUCUAUCCGCUCGUCCGUUCCCGCUAGAGCGGUUACUAGCAAUUUAUCACGCCGUCGAUCCAAACCCACCAGAGAAUCCCAUCAACACCGCAGCUGUUGCAGACCAGAUCUAUGCUGAGUUGGCGACGUUGCGCCGUCUGCGUCUCGUGGUUCCCGCUUCAGGUCAUGUUGGGUUUGCCAGUACGGGUAGCGGAAAUACCAGUUCUGACGCGGGUGAGAAGUGGUGUGUGAAUGUAUCCGGUGAUUGGAUUGGGGAGUUGGCCAAGGGAAUCGGUGUCGAGGUUGGGGAGUGGCUUGCAGGUGGAUUGGAUUGAUCGUGUCGUACAUUCUAUUUUAUGCACUACCGCGGCGUACAAAUAUUGGCCCAGUGAUCUGGGCCAUUUGCAUUGGAGUUUGGAUUCGGUUAUCGGUUGCAUGCGAAUCACCUUAUGGGAUGCGAAUGAAUUAUACCCUUUUUUUACGGACUA